AUGAGUUCCUACUUUGUAAAUCCUCUUUUCUCCAAGUACAAAGGCGGCGAGUCCUUGGAACCAACUUACUACGACUGCAGAUUUCCACAAAGUGUAAGCAGAAGCCAUGCUCUCGUGUAUGGUCCGGGCACCACGGCUCCCAGCUUCCAACACCCUUCACACCACGUCCAAGAGUUCUUCCACCACGGAACCUCCAGCAUCUCUAACUCUGGAUACCAGCAAAAUCCCUGCGCCCUGGCGUGCCACGGAGACGCUUCUAAAUUCUAUGGAUACGAAGCCCUACCAAGGCAGUCGCUUUAUGGUGCCCAGCAAGAGGCAGCCGUGGUACAAUAUCCUGACUGUAAAUCCUCUUCCAACAGUAACUCUAGCGAGGGACAAGGGCAUUUAAAUCAAAAUUCUUCUCCCAGUCUCAUGUUCCCAUGGAUGAGACCUCACGCAGCUCCCGGAAGGCGCAGUGGCAGGCAGACUUACAGCCGGUAUCAGACCCUGGAGCUAGAAAAGGAGUUCCUCUUCAACCCCUAUUUGACACGGAAGCGGCGUAUUGAGGUCUCUCACGCCCUGGGACUGACAGAGAGGCAGGUCAAGAUCUGGUUCCAGAACAGGAGGAUGAAGUGGAAGAAAGAGAACAACAAGGAUAAACUCCCCGGAGCCAGGGACGAGGAGAAAACGGAGGAGGAAACCAACGAGGAAGAGGAAAAAGAAGAAGAGGAAAAAGAAGAAAGCAAGGACUGAUCUCUCGCAGCUCCUUGAAGUCCCUCGUUUUAUGGCAGAUGAUAAAUCGAGAUGUUUACGACGGUCAUUCGCUUUUAUAGAGUAUAGAAUGGAGAGACUCACACACAACAGUAACUACCUGUCAAACAGUUGUAGCCCCCCUUUUUUAUUGUCACAGAACUUCCCCUACUUUCCCCCCUUAUAACAGCAUUUUUUUUUGCUUCCCGUAAAAUAAAUAUAGAGCUGGCUCGACUACAGCUUAGUCCAAACCCAGCAUUAUCUAUUUUCAAACGAAUGGACCUCACCUUCAUGCUGUCACCAUCAUCAUCACCAGCAGCAGUGACCCCACCCUUUCCCCCUCCUUGCUAUAUUUUAAUUAUAAACGACAAAUACACGCAUCUUAUGUAUUUAUUUGGAAUAGGAAGUACUCCUAUUUCUUCUCGACCUUGUAUCCCCCCCUCCCCACGUUUAAUAAUGUAAAAGGGACUGGAGGGAGGGUAGGAGUGUAUGAUAAUGCUUUGUGCUUAGUCUUAACUUUGUUUUUAAAUAAUAAUAAUAAUAAUAAUAAUAAUAAUUAAAAAAUCUAUCUACCUAUGUAUUCUUCCAUGCUAAGGUCCAUUUAUGGUUUUAACUUUUAGCAGUCAGUCGGAACCUAUUGAAGGACAAUUUGUGGAAGAUGGAAGCUUCCUAACGUAUGCCUGAUUCACAAGCUUACUAGUUACCUAUGAAUAUAUCUGUAUGUAGAAUCUACCUAUGUAUGCCCUGUGACUUGGCAGGAAAAAGCUGCCUCCCUGUGCAACUUGUCUUGGAAGAAAGUCCCACUAAGAUCAAUGGGGCUAACGUCUGAGCAAACGUGCUUAGGAUAGCUGUGAAGGACGUGGAAGCAGCUACUGAUUGAUAUGGGCGUUGUUUACCAUAAUACUUGUGUGAGCACUCAAAAUUCUUAACAUACUACCUAAUGGGAAACCUGCAAUAAUCGUCUAUUAGCAACAAGGUGGGGGCUUACACAGACUAAAACUAUAACUUGGUGGGAAUCAUUUUAAAAAGAGUUGUGUAUUGCCCUGAUGCAAGCUACUAAGUAGCAGAAAAUAAUAAUAAUAAUAAUAAUAAUAAUAAAAAAUGAUGAUGAUGAUGAAAAAGUUUUUAAAAAAUAAAAAAAAAUCACGUUGUAAUGUAUCUUAUCACUACCUAUAGAAGGAGUCCUGCUUUGAAAGUAUUUGUAACGCGGUUUUGUUGUCGUAUGUUGCUGCUUAUUUUUCUUGGAAAAAAAUAAUAAUUCCCAACAACUGAAACUGCCUAGAUAAGAACGCACAGCAUUGUCUUAUUUUAUUGUGCUUAUAAUGUAGUUUAGGACUUAAAUUGCACUGAAUGUAUAGUUAUCUAUUUGUCUUGACUUAUCUGUUAAUGCAACAUGCUCGAAUUAAAAAAAAAGUCAUUUGUUUUAUGUAAACCAUAGUUCUCUGCGUGUUCAAAACUCUGAAUGUAGCAAUUUCUGCUAGAAAUCCAGUUCUGGCAACCGUGGAUUUGUAUUGUAUACGUGAGACCUUACG